AUGUUGCAGAAAAUAAUAGAAAGUGAUUUACAAGAUGUCUUUCAUCCAUAUAUUAGCAUUGCUUUAAGAAUGUUUUUAUGUUGUCCAGCUUCAAACUGCUCAGCAGAGAGAAGUUUUAGUGCUUUGAAGAGGAUUAAAACUUACUUAAGAUCUAGUACCAAAGAUGAUCGUCUGAAUGAUCUAGCAAUACUAAAUAUAGAGUCAGAAUUAACAGUUAAUAUAAAUUAUGAUGAUAUUAUAAAUAAGUUUAGUGAGUUAAAAGCUCGUAGAAAAAUGUAA